AUUUUCCUUGUUUACUAUUUCCCCCCUUAUCCCUGUAGUUGAAAGGCCAGUUGAACAAACACAGAAUUUGUUUUAGUCCCAACUAACCACAGAGUAGUCAUUUCCUUGCAGAAUAAUUGGCUUAGGGAGAAAGAGACACAGAAAAAAAAAGUUCAUCAUAUACAGCUUGGUCUGGCUACACCCCUUUGCAGAAACCAGCCUGUGUAAGAGCUGCUGGAGUAGGCACCCGUUUAAAGAAUAAAUGAAGAAGCAGCAAUAAAGAAGUUGUAAUCGUAACCUAGACAAAAAGAGAACUGGGUUUUGACAGUGUUUCUAGAGUGCUUUUUAUUAUUUUCCUGACAGCUGUGUUUCACCAUGAUUACUUUCUCCUUCAGUAAAUAGGCUAAAUGAAUAUGAAACAGAAAAGUGUGUAUCAGCAAACUAAAGCACUUCUGUGCAGGAAUUUUCUUAUGAAAUGGAGGAUGAAAAGAGAGAGCUUAUUGGAAUGGGGCCUCUCAAUACUUCUAGGACUGAGUGUUGCUCUGUUUUCCAGUGGCAUGAGAAAUGUCCAGUUUCCUGGAAUGGCUCCUCAGGAUCUGGGAAGGGUAGAUCAAUUUAAUAGUUCUUCUUUAAUUAUUGUGUAUACACCAGUAUCUAAUUUAACCCAACAGAUAAUGAAUAAAACAGCACAUACUCCUUUUUUGAAAGGAAGCAAUAUCAUUGGGGCACCAAAUAAAACAUUCAUGGAAGAAAUACUUCUGGAAAAUUUACCAUUUGCUGUGGGAAUCAUCUUUAAUGAAACUUUCUCUUAUAAGUUAAGAUUUUUUCAGGGAUAUAGCAUUCCACUUUGGAAAGAAGAAGAUUUCUCAGCUCAUUGCUGGGAUGGAUAUGGCGAGCGUUGGUGUACAUUGACCAAAUACUGGAAUGAAGGAUUUGUGGCUUUACAAACAGCUAUUAAUACUGCCAUUAUAGAAAUCACAACCAAUCAACCUGUGAUGGAGGAGUUGAUGUCGGUUACUGCUAUAACUAUGAAGACAUUACCUUUCAUAACUAAAGAUUUGCUUCACAAUGAGAUAUUUAUUUUAUUCUCCUUGCUUUGUUUCUCCCCACUUGUAUAUUUUAUAUCACUUAAUGUAACAAAAGAGAGAAAAAAGUGUAAGAAUUUGAUGAAAAUGAUGGGUCUCCAAGAUUCAGCAUUCUGGUUCUCCUGGGGUUUAAUCUAUGCUGGCUUCAUCUUUAUUAUUUCCAUAUUCAUUACAAUGAUCAUAACACUCACCCAAAUUGUAAUCAUGACUGGCUUCAUGGUCAUAUUUAUACUCUUUUUCUUAUAUGGCUUAUCUUUGGUAGCUUUGGUGUUCCUGAUGAGUGUGUUGUUGAAGAAAGCUGUCCUCACCAAUUUGGUUGUGUUUCUCCUUACCCUCUGUUGGGGAUGUAUGGGGUUCACUGUAUUGUAUGAACAGCUUCCUUCAUCUCUGGAGUGGAUUUUGAGUAUUUGUAGCCCUUUUGCCUUUACUGCUGGAAUGACUCGGGUGAUCAAACUGGAUUAUAACUUGAAUGAUGUAAUUUUUCCUGACUCUUCAGGAGACUCAUAUACAAUGAUAGCAACUUUUUCUAUAUUGCUUUUGGAUGGUCUCAUCUACUUGCUAUUGACGUUAUACUUUGACAAAAUUUUACCCUAUGGAGAUGAGCGCCAUUAUUCUCCAUUAUUUUUCUUCAAUUCAUCAUCUUGUUUCCAACACCAAAGGACUGAUAAUAAGGUUAUUGAGAAAGAAAUAGAACUUGAGCAUCCCUCUGAUGAUUAUUUUGAACCAGUAGCUCCUGAAUUUCAAGGAAAAGAAGCCAUCAGAAUCAGAAAUGUUAAGAAAGAAUAUAAAGGAAAGUCUGGAAAAGUGGAAGCAUUGAAAGGCUUGCACUUUGACGUAUAUGAAGGUCAAAUCACGGCCAUUCUGGGUCAUGAUGGAGCUGGCAAAUCUUCACUGCUAAAUAUUCUUAAUGGAUUGUCUGUUCCAACAGAAGGAUCUGUUAUGAUCUAUAAUAAAAAUCUUUCUGAAAUGCAAGACUUGGAGGAAAUCAGAAAGAUAACUGGUGUCUGUACUCAAUUAAAUGUUCAAUUUGACACACUCACUGUGAAGGAAAACCUCAGCCUUUUUGCUAAAAUAAAAGGGAUUCAUCCACAGGAAGUAGAACAAGAGGUACAACGAAUAUUAUUGGAAUUGGACAUGCAAAACAUUCAAGAUAGCCUUGCUAAACAUUUAAGUGGGGGACAGAAAAGAAAGCUGACUUUUGGGAUUGCCAUUUUAGGAGAUCCUCAGGUUUUGCUCUUAGAUGAACCAACUACUGGAUUGGAUCCCUUUUCCAGAGAUCAAGUUUGGAGCCUUCUGAGAGAGCAUAAAGCAAAUCGUGUGAUCCUUUUCAGUACCCAGUCCAUGGAUGAGGCUGACAUUCUGGCUGAUAGAAAAGUGAUCAUGUCCAAUGGGAGACUGAAGUGUGCAGGUUCUUCUAUCUUUUUGAAAAGAAGGUGGGGUCUUGGAUAUCACCUAAGUUUGUAUAGGAAUGAAAUAUGCAAUCCAGAACAAAUAACAUUCUUCAUUACUCAUCACAUCCCCGAUGCUAAAUUAAAAACAGAAAACAAAACAAAGCUUGUAUAUACUUUGCCAUUGGAAAGGACAAAUACAUUUCCAGAUCUUUUCAGUGAUCUGGAUAAGUGUUGUAGCCAGGGAGUGACAGGUUAUGACAUUUCCAUGUCAACUCUGAAUGAAGUCUUUAUGAAACUGGAAGGACAGACAACUAUUGAACAAGAUUUCGAACAAGUGGAGAUGAUAAGAGACUCAGAAAGCCUCAAUGAAAUGGAGCUGGCUCACUCUUCCUUCUCUGAAAUGCAGACAGCUGUGAGUGACAUGGGCCUCUGGAGAAUGCAAGUCUGUGCCAUGGCAUGGCUCCGUUUCUUAAAGUUAAAACGUCAGACCAAAGUAUUAUUGACCCUAUUAUUGGUAUUUGGAAUUGCAACAUUCCCUUUGAUUGUGGAAAAUAUAAUUUAUGCUAUAUUAAAUGAAAAGAGUGAUCGGGAAUUUAAAACCGAAUUGUAUUUUCUCUCUCCUGGACAACUUCCCCAGGAACCCCGUACCAGCCUGUUGAUCAUCAAUAACACAGAAUCAAAUAUUGAAGAUUUUAUAAAGUCACUGAAGCAUCAAAAUAUACUUUUAGAAGUAGAUGACUUUGAAAACAGAAAUGGUACUGAUGGCAUCUCAUACAAUGGAGCUAUUAUAGUUUCUGGUAAACAGAAGGAUUAUAGAUUUUCAAUUGUGUGUAAUACCAAGAGAUUGCACUGUUUUCCAGUCCUUAUGAAUAUUAUCAGCAACGGGUUACUUCACAUGUUUAAUCACACACAACAUAUUCGAAUUGAUUCAAGCCCAUUUCCUAUUAGCCAUGUAAGACUUGCAACAGGGCUGCCAGAUGGUUCCAUUUUCUUAAUUUUGGUUCUAUGUAGCACUUCUCCUUAUAUCACCAUGGGCAGCAUCAGUGAUUACAAGAAAAAAGCAAAGUCUCAGCUAUGGAUUUCGGGCCUCUACACUUCUGCUUACUGGUGUGGGCAGGCACUAGUGGACGUUAAUGUCUUCAUUUUAAUUCUCCUUUCAAUGUAUUUGAUUGUCUACAUAGAAAACAUGCAGUACCUUUAUAUUACAAGCGAAAUUGUGCUUGCUUUGGCUAUAGUUACUCCUGGUUAUGCAGCUUCUCUUGUCUUCCUGAUGUAUGUCAUAUCAUUUAUUUUUCGCAGAAGGAGAAAAAACAGUGGCCUUUGGUCAUUUUGCUUCUUUUUUGCCUCCCUCAACAUGUUUACCAUCACUUUAAUCAAUUAUUCUGACCUAAAUGUAUUGAUUUCCACCAUAGUAUUGGUUCCUUCGUAUACUUUGCUUGGAUUUCAAACAUUUUUGGAAAUGAGAGAGCAGCCACACCAGAGAGAAUUUCCAGAGGCACAUUUUGAAUUGAGUGUCACUGAUUUUCUAGUCAGCUGCAUACCCUACUUUCAGGCUUUGCUAUUCAUUUUUGUUCUAAGAUGCAUGGAACUAAAAUAUGGAAAGAAAAGAAUGCGAAAAGAUCCUGUCUUCAGAAUUUCCCCCCAAAUUAGAGAUGCUAAACCAAAUCCAGAAGAACCCACAGAUGAAGAUGAAGAUGUUCAAGCAGAAAGAAUAAGAACAGCAACUGCUCUGACCACUUCAAAUGUGGAUGAGAAACCUGUUAUAACUGCCAGCUGUCUACACAAAGAAUAUGCAGGCCAGAAGAAAAGUUGCUUUUUAAAGAGGAAGAAGAAAAUAGCAGCAAGAAAUAUCUCUUUCUGUGUUCAAGAAGGUGAAAUUUUGGGAUUGCUAGGACCCAAUGGUGCUGGUAAAAGCUCAUCUAUUAGAAUGAUAUCUGGGAUCACAAAGCCAACUGCUGGCGAGGUGGAACUGAAAGGCUGCAGUUCAGUUUUGGAUCGAAAGGGGGAUGGCGGGGACGGCAAGUUCCUCAAGUUCCUGGGGUACUGCCCUCAGGAGAACGUUCUGUGGCCCAUGUUGACGGUGAGGGAGCACCUGGAGGUGUAUGCUGCCGUGAAGGGGCUCAGGAAAGGGGCCGCGAGGCUCGCCAUCGCAAGAUUGGCAAGUGCUUUCAAAUUGCAUGAGCAGCUGAAUGUUCCGGUGCAGAAAUUAGCAGCAGGAACCACAAGAAAGUUGUGUUUUGUGCUGAGCCUCCUGGGAAACUCACCUGUCUUGCUCCUGGAUGAGCCAUCUACUGGCAUAGACCCUACAGGGCAGCAGCAAAUGUGGCAGGCAAUCAAGGCAGUUGUUAAAAACACAGAGAGGAGUGUCCUCCUGACCACCCAUAACCUGGCUGAGGCAGAGGCCUUGUGUGACCGUGUGGCCAUCAUGGUGUCUGGAAGGCUUAGAUGCAUUGGAACCAUCCAACACCUGAAAAGCAAACUUGGCAAGAAUUACACUCUAGAGCUAAAAGUGAAGGAACCUUCUCAAGUGACUUUGGUCCACACUGAGAUUCUGAAGCUUUUCCCACAGGCUGGAAGACAGGAAAGGCAUUCCUCCUUGUUAAUCUAUAAACUGCCCAUGGCAGAUGUUUACCCUCUAUCACAGACCUUUCACAAAUUAGAGUCAGUGAAGCAUAACUUUAACUUGGAAGAAUACAGCCUCUCUCAGUGCACAUUGGAAAAGGUAUUCUUAGAGCUUUCUAAAGAGCAGGAAGUGGAAAAUUUUGAUGAAGAAGUUGAUACAACUAUGAGAUGGAAACUCCUCCCUCAUUCAGAUGAACCUUAAAACCUCAAACCUAAUAAUUUUUUUGUUGAUGUCCUGUGUUUUAUGUGAUAAUUAAUAGUAUGUAUGUUUUAAAGAUCAUUUAAUAUUAACAUCAGGAAUAUUUUGUAUAUUUAGUUAAUAAGUAAAUAAAUUUUAAAAUUAUUCUUUCUCUAAAACAUAAGGGUGACAACAAACCUGUGAUAAAGGCAAUACAAAUUAUUAGUAAAGUUACCUAAAAAGUCGGGGACUGAGUAUUGUGGAAAUAAAACUAUAAACUUAGAA